AUGUUGCUGCUUCUGUGCAGGCAUGGAACCUCUUUUCCUAAGCUAGAGAACCUGGUACCAAGCGGGAAAAUGAAGAUUCUCCUGUUCUUUCUAGGUCUUCUUGGUAAUUCCAUUGCUAUGCCAAUGCAAAUGCCCAGAAUGCCUGGAUUUAGCAGUAAAAGUGAGGAGAUGAUGCGGUAUAAUCAGUUCAACUUUAUGAACUCUCCACAUAUGGCACAUCUAGGCCCCAUGUAUGGAAAUGGCAUGCAAAUGCCUCAGCUCUUCCCUCAGUACCAGAUGCCCAUGUGGCCUCAGCCACCACCCAAGAUGGGACGCCCACAGAAACCUUCAUCUCCUUCAUCUUCCAAACGCCAAAGCAAGACUGAUCAAAACCCAGAGACCCCAAAACCCAACCAGCCUCAGCCAAAAAAACCACCACCAAAGCGACCUUUAAAGCAGCCAUCACCUGCCCCAACUCAACCCCAAGAGGAAGUUCAGACACCUCAGGCCUUCCCACCAUUUGGCAAUGGGCUAUUUCCUUAUCAGCAGCCACCAUGGCAAAUUCCACACAGGGUACCACCAGGUUUUGGACGCCCACCAGUCAGCAAUGAAGAAGGGGGGAAUCCUUACUUUGGAUAUUUUGGAUAUCAGGGAUUUGGGGGCCGUCCUCCUUAUUAUUCAGAAGAGAUGUUUGAACAAGAUUUUGAAAAACCCAAAGAAAAAGACCCUCCUAAAACGGAAAGCCCAGCCACAGAACCCUCAUCUAAUUCAACAGUUCCUGAAACUAAUUCUACCCAACCAAAUGCACCCAAUCCUGGAGGGAAUCAGGGUGGAAACGACACCAGCCCAACUGGAAAUAGUGGCCAUGGCCCAAAUGCUGGAAGCAACCCUACAGCUCAAAAUGGAGUCAUCCCACCCCCUGUAGUUAAUGUUUCAGGCCAGGGAGUACCAAGAAAUCAAAUCCCAUAUGGACCACGUCAGCCAAAUGUUUAUCAGCCAUAUCCAAAUCCUAACAUCCGAAAUUAUCCUGCAGGAAGACAAUGGCGUCCCACUGGUACCAUCAUGGGGCACAGACAGAAUGGACCUUUUUACCGAAAUCAACAAAUUCAAAGGGGUCCUAGAUGGAAUUCCUAUGCUUUGCAAAGUAAGCAAGUAGUUCGUCCAGGAACUCCAAUUUAUCGCAAAGCUUAUGCUAACACUGCAAGAGGCAAUUCUCCCAAUCAUGCAGGAAAUCCAGUAAAUUUCAGAAGAAAGCCUCCAGCUCCAAAUAAACAACCCAUGGGAACCAAUGUUGCCCCUCUGGGUCCCAAACAUGAUACUGUUGGCCAAAAUGAAAAAAUUCAAUAUCCAAGAGAGAAGCCACUAGGUCAAAAGGAAAGAAUAGUCAUUCCUACAAAGGAUCCAACUGGCCCCUGGAGAAACUCUCAAGAUUAUGGAGUUAAUAAAGAUUAUGGAGUUAGUAAAUCUAACUAUAAACAGCCUCACCCUGAGGGUAAUAUGCUAAUCCCAAAUUUUAAUUCUGUUGAUCAACAUAACUCAUUUUUUCCUAGAGGAGAUUCCAGAAGAGCACCAAGUUCUGAUGGCCAGACCCAAAGUCAGAAUUUGCCCAAAGGAAUUGCUUUAGAGCCAGAAAGAAUCCCAUAUGAAUCAGAAACUAAUGGGCCAGAAUUAAAGCAAAAUGCAUAUCAUCCUGUAUACCCUGAGGAAAUCCCUUCCCCCGCAAGAGAACAUUUCCCUGCUGGAAGAAGUACUUGGAACCAUCAAGAAAUAUCUCCACCUUUUAAGGAAGAACCUGGCAGGCAGGAAGAACACUUACCUCAUCCUUCCCUUGGCUCUAGAGGAGGUGUUUACUACCCUGACUAUAACCCCUAUGAUCCCAGGGAAAACUCACCAUACCUUAGACGCAAUACAUGGAAUGAGAGAGAUGAUUCUCCCAAUACUAUGAGACAACCUGAAAAUCCACUGUACCCCAUGAAUACUCCAGACCCAAAAGAGAUGAUUCCUUAUAAUGAAGAGGACCCAGCUGAUCCAACUGGAGAUGAAACUUUCCCAGGACAAAGUAGAUGGGGUAUGGAAGAGUCAAGUUUUAAAGAAGGGCCAACAGUUAGGCACUAUGAAGGCAAGCAAUACAGUUCAUAUCAACCAAAGGAAUACCUUCCCUAUUCCUUAGAUAACCCAUCAAAACCCAGAGAGGACUUUCCUUAUCGUGAAUUUUACUCCUGGAAUCCAGAGGAGAAUUAUCCAUCAUAUAAUACAGCUCCCUCUGUUCCACCACCUGUGGAGAGCAGGGGUUACUAUGCUAAUAAUGGCCUUGGACAAGAAGAAAGUACUCUGUUUCCUUCCUGGAACUCCUGGGACCACAGGAUUCAGACCCAAGAGCAGAAAGAAAAAGGGCCAUAUUUUAACAGAAAUUUCUGGGAUCAGCCACCAACUUCACACAAAGCCCCUGCUACUCCACCACACCAGAGAGAGAACCAUCUCUAUUCCAGCAACUCUCCUGCUGGACUUCAAAAAAAUCCAAGAUGGGGUAAAGGAGAGAAUAUGAAUUAUGAGAUGCAAAUUACUAAGUUAAAUUUACCAGAGGGAGAACACUUGGCUUUUCCAGACUCAAUUCCUCCAAAUCACCCAGCAGGUCAGAAAGAAGCACAUGUAUUUCAUCUAAACCACAGAGGCCCCUGCUGUGCUGGUGGCUCCAUGGGGCAAAAGGAUAAUCCACUUGCUCUUCAAGACUACACUCCCUCCUAUGGUCUUGCGCCAGAGGAGAACCAAGAUGCCAGCCUUCUGCAUACAGAAGAUAGUCAUACUAAGCAUGCUAGGCAUACCAUCUCCCCAACAAGCAUCCUAUCUGGCCAAAGAAACAACUCAGAGAAAAGACUGCCUGGAGAAAGUCAAAACCCAAGUCCUUUUAGAGAUGAUGUGUCCACUUUGAGAAGGAACACACCAUGUUCCAUAAAGAAUCAACUGGGCCAAAGGGGAAUUGUGCCCUUAUCUGAAGCCAAUUCCCUUCAAUCAAAGAAUACACCUUGUCUCAAAAAUGAUCUUGGAGGAGAUGGAAACAAGGUCUUGGAACAAGUAUUUGAAGGCAACCAGCUCAAUGAAAGAACUGUAGACCUUACUCCAGAGCAGCUUGUUAUCAGUACCGUUGAUGAAAGCCUCAAGCCAGAAGGAAUCGAAAGUGAUAUGCCAGAAAAUGAGGGUGAAAGGCAGCAACGAAGACCAUCUAGCGUCCUCAAGUUACCAUGUUUUGACUCUAACUUAGCAAAGUAUCACUCCUCCAGCACUGGAACUCCAACUAGCAUUGGAAGGCAUGGCCCAUUUGAUGGGGAUCCAAUCAUGCCUACUGAAAUCCCUGGGCUAGCUACUCAGGCAGAGUUUCAGAGUAUAAAUGUAGAUCCUCUUAAUGCAGGUGAACACACUCCAUUUGAUUCCCUUCAAAUAGGCUCCAAUCCACAGCACCAUGUACAAGACUGCUUACUACUUCAGGCCUAG